ACUUAUUUUAUAUGGUUCUGCGCAUAGCUGGGCACUCCUCUCACAUGCCCCCAGGUUCACGUAAACUGACUCAUUUCCGCACUCGUCCUUUCUGUCCCCAACUGCGGCACGGAAAUCUUGCCGCUACAUAACAUUCAUUCAACAACAUUUUGUUGGAGACGCAAAGCAGAAAACCAACACAAUAAUCAUGAUACGCACGUUUAGUGGUGUGCUUGGAAUAUUGCGCCGGACGUAUGGAGGUUCAUCUGCUGGCGGUGGGGGGUAUAGAAAUGGCGGUACUGCAAACACCCGCAUGGGGAGUGGAGGAGGACAAAGGAAUGGUUACGGAGGUGGGGGCGGUGGUGGAGGAGGUGGCGCUCGUUUCGGAAGUCGUGGAGGUGGCGGCGGCGGAUAUGGUGGAAAUUCUGGAAGGGGAGGAGGUGGCGGUGGACGUGGUGGCGGCGGCGGUGGUGGUGGAAACAUUUCCGGUAACAACUUGAGGAAGCCAAACUGGGAUUACGAAAAUUUGAAACCCUUCAAGAAAGACUUCUAUGUUCCACAUCCCAAUGUUCAGGGACGCCAUCCUCGUGAAAUUGAUGUUUUCAGGGAGGAAAAUAAGAUUACCCUCAAGGGUGGCAAAGUGCCCAACCCAAUUCAGUAUUUCGAGGAGGGAAAUUUCCCGGACUAUGUGAUGCAGGGAAUUAGGAAGCAGGGUUUCUCUGAGCCUACCGCCGUUCAGGCACAGGGCUGGCCCAUUGCCAUGUCUGGUCACAAUAUGGUUGGUAUCGCACAAACUGGAUCGGGAAAAACUCUUGGCUACAUUCUGCCAGCCAUUGUUCACAUCAACAGCCAACAGCCGUUGAAUCGAGGCGAUGGUCCCAUUGCGCUUGUGCUUGCACCCACCCGAGAACUUGCACAGCAGAUUCAGACUGUGGCAACUGACUUUGGUUCUUUGUCGUAUGUGAGGAACACCUGUAUUUUUGGCGGAGCGCCAAAAGGCUCCCAGGCUCGUGAUCUUGAGCGUGGGGUUGAAAUUGUCAUUGCAACACCUGGACGUCUCAUUGACUUUUUGGAGCGCGGUACCACCAAUCUGCGCCGUUGCACAUACCUGGUUCUGGAUGAGGCCGAUCGCAUGUUGGAUAUGGGUUUCGAGCCACAGAUUCGAAAAAUUAUUGAGCAAAUUCGACCAGACAGACAAGUUCUUAUGUGGUCCGCCACCUGGCCGAAAGAAGUUCGCAUGCUCGCUGAAGAAUAUCUCACCGAUUACACACAACUCAACAUUGGCUCACUGACUUUGGCCGCCAAUCACAACAUCCUUCAAAUCAUUGAUGUCUGUCAGGAACACGAGAAGGAAGCCAAAUUGGGAACGUUACUCCAGGAGAUUGGCAAUGUGAAUGAAGAUGGAGGAAAGACAAUUAUUUUUGUGGAAACGAAAAAGAAGGUUGAGAACAUCACGAGGAGCAUUCGUCGUUAUGGAUGGCCAGCUGUUUGUAUGCACGGAGAUAAAUCACAACAGGAACGUGAUUAUGUUCUCAGAGAGUUUAGAAGUAAAAAGGGCGGAAUUCUUGUAGCAACUGACGUUGCUGCACGAGGAUUAGACGUUGAUGAAGUUAAGUACGUGAUAAACUUCGAUUAUCCAUCAUCAUCCGAAGACUACAUUCAUCGGAUAGGAAGAACGGGUCGUUGUAAGACGACGGGCACAAGUUAUGCCUUUUUCACACCACAGAACAGCCGGCAGGCAAAGGAUCUUGUAAACGUACUUACCGAGGCUAAUCAGAUCAUCAACCCCAAACUCUCUGAACUCGCUGCGAGAGGAGGUGGCGGCGGAGGCUAUGGAGGCAGAAAUCGAUGGGGUUAUGGUGGUGGACGAGGACGGGAAAACACAUUCUCCGGAGCACACAAAAGAUUUGGCUCCGACAGAAAUAGCGGUUUCAAUUACAGUUGAAGUGUAGGUCAAAUUACUGGUUUCAAAAUGGAGUAACAGGGCGACACUUUAAGGGUUUACCUUGACAUUUAUCACCACCUUGGGGUACAGUAAAUAUCCCAGUAAGGUCGUCCUUCGGUGUACCAGUUUAUUUGGCUGACUCUUAAAACAAUUUUAUUUAUACAUAUACAUAUUAGUUUUUGUUACUACUAGAAUGCAGUGGGUCCUCAAAAACAAAACAAAAAAAAAACUCUUAAAUUUUUAUCAUGUGAGCGGGUUGGGGGCGAGGCCAGACGGUGUGACUCGACUCGAGACUGGGUUAAUUGUGCGCAAUGUUCAUUGGGAGUUCGUAAUUUUUCAUAAUAUUCGCGAUCAAGAUGAUUCAUGACAAUCUCGAAUAUUGUAUAUUCAUACAAGAUUCACUGGACAAAGCGAGUUUAAGGAAUAAUUGUUCUUGCGUUUGCAAUUUAUUGGCAAAGAACGGGGAACAAUGACUUUGACGACUGACUGCUGUUUGUGUACCUCGGUUGUUUGCUUCAAAUUUUCAAAUGAAUUGGGUAAAAUAAAUGAUGAGAUGUGAAUCCCUGAAGAGUACAAAUAUUUGGCGUUAACGUCAGUCUCAUCGACUUUGUAAAUUGUUAAACAAUUUUUGGUUGUGUUGGCUGUUAAAUUAGGUAAGCCUGCACUACUUUUAUUUUGGACUGAGAUAUACAAAAGAAAAAGUAUAGAGUUUACUUUGCAGAACUUUCAAUGAACAUUUAUUUAGUAGGGAGUGGCCGAAACUGCUGAUAAAUGAGUUUUACAACUGUAACAACUUUCUUUUAUUACUCAUUUGUUUUAGUCUUCUUAUUCUUAGAACAGUGUUCUAAGCCAAAUGUUAUUUGUCUUUGGUUUUUCACUCAAACGUUUUUGCGAUCAGUUUGAAGCAACUUUGUAGAAACGUUUGUAUAUUAUUUCACUGAUUAGUUGUAAAAUGUUAAGUGACAUAAAAGUUCAAAAGAGAGAAUCAUUCCAAAAAAUGGUAGUUUUUUUCUUUUUUUUUUUUUUACUUCUGAUUGAUAGAAAGUUUACCAGAAGCAUUGUUCAAUUAUCCUAUGGCUUAGAACAAAAUUUCAGUAUUCAUUCCAAUGUCUUUGAUGGCCUGGGAAUUUUCAGGUCAAACUGUGCAACUUUUUUUUAAUCUCGAUUAAGUGAAGUGGAAAAGUGUAAAACUAUCUUUAACAGUGUCUUGUCAUAACAAAAAGUUAACAACUUUUACGACAUAUAUAUAUCAACAUUCAGAUACAGUGUAUUGUGCUGCAAUUUAAUGUUUGCUAAACUAGUAUUGCACGUGAAUGUCACGUUUCAGAUAUUGAAUAAAAACAAAAAAAUUG